UUGUUAUUUGACAUAAGUUCAUAUAUUUGCUGUGAAAAAUGAUAAUAACCCCCGAACCCAAAAUUUAAAUGAGUUUGAGCCAGCACUUUGGCAGAAGGGUGAUCGCCGUGCGACACCUGUGCCCUCAACUGGGUGCACUUCGUCACAGGUUCGCGGAAUGCGGGGGUGAGCAGAGAUCGCUGGAGUCGGGGCACUCCUCGGGCACUAUGGCAGAUGUGGCGAUGAAAAUCAGAGAGCACGUCGGCGUGGAAGGGGGCUACCACGUCAUCCCAAAGAGCCGGGAAGGGCUGCUCAAGUUUCAGCCGAAGCAAGACGAACUGCCCAAUCGCUCCAUGGUGGACUCAUAUACGACCGCCAAGGUGCUCCUGGAAACAGACGCUCUGAUGAGGCAACGAUUCGUUUACGGAAAAGGGUGGUUGCGCAUGGGCAGGAUAAUGGAGGAGCUCGACCUACUUGCCGUGUGGAUCUGCCAUCUUCACAUCCAUCUGCCCAAUCUACCGGAGGGUGUGCCGCUGCCAUACACUUUUGUCACCCUGCUGGUGGACCACGCCCACUUCUUGCAGGAAGAGUUUAUAGCGGACGCAGACGUUUGCCUUUCGGGUCACGUUUCAUGGACCGACAACAGCUCCAUGGAGGUCACGGCAUAUGUGCGGCAAAACGGAAUGUUGCUGGCAAAGGGCAUUUUUGUGGUAGAGGCUCGCAAUGCCGUCAAUAAUGGCCCGGCUCCCGUGAAUCCUCUGGUGCCGGCCACUAAACUGGAGGAAAGUAUCUACCAAGCAGCGCAGAAGCGCAGAGCCAAUGCGACGGCUCGACUUCAGUCGCAGCAACCCACCAAGGAGGAACAGCAGCUUAUGUACGAGCUGUUUACCCGAACCAAGGGCGCUGACGGACAUUCACCGAGUGAUAUGAGUACUCUUCCACCGAACUCCCGCUGGAUGUCCAAGUGGCGCCGCAGAACCCUAAUGCAUCCGUUUCCGGAGAACCGAAACGAAGCGAACACCAUCUUUGGCGGGUUCAUCAUCCGCAGGGCCAUCGAGAUAAGCUUCAUGACGGUCUCCCUCUACACCAACCAGCGUUGCAUGAUCCGGUCCAUUGCGGACGUUACGUUUACCCAUUCCAUUCCCGUCCACAGCUACAUUAAACUGAAGGCUUACGUGGUUUUCACCCACGAAAAUUUCAUUCAGCUGUUGACGGUGGUGAAUGCGAGCAGUGCCACUAGCUUUGAGGAGCUUAAGUGCAAUGUGCUGCACCUGACCUACUCCUGCAAAGAUGUAGUUCCGGAGAUCCUGCCCAGAAGCUAUCACGAGGCGCUGUAUUACCUAACAGGUCGUCGCUACUUCAACCGCUUCCGCGAUUCAGUAAGCCACGACGUGGUCAGUGGAUCGCCCCAAAAAAGCAGAGACAUUAAGUGAUUUUAUUGUUGGGCUUAAUAAAACAUAGGCUAUUUCAUCUAUUUUAUAUAGACAUUUUAUCA